AUGUUAAAGUUUAAUCUUCAGGAACAAUCAGACGCUAAUAUUUGCAUAAAAGAUACACAAGCGAAAGAUAUAACAAUAGGUAAUUGCAAAAAUUGCUCAAUAUACAUCUUAAAGGAAAUCGUAAACAUUUCUUUUACAGAUAUAACUGAUUGUAUAGUAUUUAUUUCAAAAUGCAAUAAAAUGAACGUAAUUAAUUCGACCCAAUCAAAGUUUACUACAUUUUCUUCACAACUUCAAAUUGAGAAUUCAAAAGAUUCAACAUUUUUCUUAUUUACAUUAAAUCCAACAAUAAUUAAGAAUAAAUCUACUGGAAUUGCCGUCGGUCCUUAUAACGCAGCUCACAAAUCCUUUACAAUUCCGAAUGGAAAUAAUUUAUGGGAUAAAUACAAUGUUGAACAGGGAUCUCAAGCAUAUAUUUUAGAUCCAUAUGAUUUUGAACCAUUUGCAAUUCCUUUUGGCGAAGAACCUAAUGGAAUUGUUUCAACAAUUCCACCGACUUAUUCUCAAGCUUUAGCACAACGUGAGAAAGUAUCAGAAGAGAGAAGAAAACUAGCUAUGGAGUUUUGUCAAAGAGCUCCUGCUUACGCAUCACAAUUUCGAGAGAGAAUUGCAGAAGCAUUUCGAAGUACUCAAAAGCAAAGAUCUGUAUACCUUACAUACUAA